GUGUAUACCUUCUCCAAAGGCAAUGUCAAGGUGGCUAACAAGAGGUAUAGCUCUUGCAACCACAAUUACGAGAUCGUGUUCGAAGAAGAUUCACAGAUAGUUGAGGUGCAGGAUGAUGUUGAAGACCAUAUUGAUAAGAUAAAGUAUAGCUUUUGCCCCGUCAGAGAGCUCAAAUCUAAGUCCGUGCCGAGUACAGUCGAUCUACUAGUUGUUAUCAAGGAUCACAGGCCCGCGGGAACUGUCAACUCUAAGAACGGAGCUGAACUAUUUCGUCGCAAUUUAACGGUUUGUGACGAGUCAGGCUGCUGUGUUGAUGUUACUUUCUGGAAUGACUUGGUCAACGUCGUGGACGAAUCGGUGCUGCAAACGCAGCCAGUUGUCGCCAUGAAGGGUGUUAGCGUCCGGGAUUACGGCGGACGAAGUUGUUCGACUUUGAACUCGACUCAGAUCGAAGUCAAUCCGGACAUUCCUGAGGCUAAACAAUUGAAGAUUUGGUGGGCCAAUACUGGAUGCUCGAUGGCCUUCACCAACUUGUCACAACAGGGGACGUCGGUCCCUGGAAGUGGUGGUCAGGCUAUGGUUACUAAGGAGAUGACAAUUGCAGAGAUGAAGAAUGAUGUUAAAAACAUGGACUUGGGCGGAUUGAUGCACUCGUAUGAGAUCAUCGGUAGACUGCAAUUUGUUACUACCCGAGGAAGGGAUGGCAAUGAUAUCCCUAUCUUCUACAUGGCGUGCGAAAGUUGUAAUCGUAAGAUGGCUGAAGGUAGCGACGGUUUCUGUCAGGCAUGCAAUAGACAGGUGAGAACUAGGAAUCUCAGGCCCUGUUUGUCAGCUCUGAAGAUGGUCUUUACGAAGUUUUAG